AUGAGCGAAGACGCGAGCAAACGCGCGAAGCCGGAGUUCGAGGGGGACUGCGAGUUCCCCCUGCAGAAGAAAGUGAAGAAGGGGCACUACAACUAUGAGAACCAGUCCAAGGGGUUCCUGAUCGGCAAGGCGACCUACACGCAGCAGUACUGCGAAAUUUACAGCGCGCGGACCAAGGCGAUGAAGGGGCUGCUGGUGAGGACGGUGGAGCGGCUAGGCGGGGGGGGCGGCCAGGUGAGCGGCCAGCUGAACGGUCACGUCAAGGCAGAGCUGGGCUGCAAAGUGAAGGGCGAAGAUGCGGGAAGCGGUACGGGCGAGGAGACAGGAAGCGGUACGGGUGAAGAUACGGGAGAAGGUACGGGCGAGGUUAAGAGCGAAGGUACGGGCGACGGUACGGGCGACGGUACGGGCGACGGUACGGGCCGCUCCUGCGGGGGCAAGGCGUACCCCCUGCUGCACUACCUGAAGGAAAUCAAGACGAACGAAAACUGCUACUGCAUAGGCACGCUGUUCAAAAAAAUGGAGCUGCGGCCCUCCAUCCUAAACGAGUACAUCAGCGAAAUCAACGAGGCGGAAGACGUCGUGGUGAAUUACUCGCAUGACGAAGACGUCCUUUUUCUGGAGGACGAAACGGCAAGGCUAAAGUUGGAAGGCAAUAUAAACAGUGACCAUUACGUGACCGGGCUGACGGUCAUUAUAAAAGGGACGGGCAUGAGCAACGGGUCCCUCUAUGUGGAGGAGCUCAUUUAUGCGUACGUGCCAAAGUUAGAAGUUCCGAGGUGCAUUAGCGAUGAUGAUAAGUAUAUCCUGUUCGUCUCGGGGCUGUACAUAAGUGAGCAAAACGAAAACGGACAUAACACCUCUCUGUUGAAGAAUUUCAUUUUGGGGCUACAUGGAGAUAAGCACUUAUCCGAGAAGCUCAUCAGGGUAGUUAUCGUUGGAAACUGUCUUCGAAAUGUAGAGAGCAAUGAGAAAGACAUGAACACAGUUGACACGUUCCUUGCUUCUCUCUGCCCAGCUGUGUAUGUAGAUUUAAUGCCUGGAGAGAAGGACCCUAGUGAUGCCAUCUUACCACAACAGCCAUUUCCUAACCUAUUUUUUAAGACUGCCAGAAGUUACAGCUCCUUUCAGUGCGUAACCAACCCGUACCUCUUCUCCAUCGACGGUGUGAAUGUAUGCUGUAUGUCCGGUGAACCUGUUAACAAUAUCGUCUCCUACUCCAAAAAUUGCCCUUUGGACGCUCUUAAAAUGAUUGCAAAGAGUCGCAUUUUAUCUCCCACCUCGCCUGAUACUCUGGGGUGCUAUCCGUUCAUCGAGAAGGACCCGUUUUGCCUACCGGACGAUGAUAAGUACCCCCACAUUUUUGUCAACGGGAACUGCGCGCAGCUCGAGGUGCAGCACCUGCACGGGGAAAAGACGCUGCCCCUGCUGGCGUGCCUGCCCAGCUUCGACGUCACCCCCAAGGCGCUGCUCGUCAACAUCAGGAAUAUGCAGCACGUCACGUUGAGCUUCGACGUGGGGGAGGGGAGUGCCAUCCAGAAGUAG